AUGACCCUCACCUGUCCCUUCCAGGACCUCCCAUCCCACACCACAGAACCAACAUCAACUGCCCUCCUCGGCGACCCCUGCCCCCUCUGCAGACAGCAAUACCUCCCAAACAAACAAAUCCUCACCACCCACCAGAGUCUUCUAACCGCACAAACACUCGCCUCCAUCCUGAAUGCCUCCGUCGCGCAACCAGGCUUCCUAGACAUGGUGGCCAGAUUCUUCGCCCGCGGCGACCACAAACGGUUCGACCAGCCCGGCCCCGAAAAAGCAGUCUAUGACCAAAGCGACGAAUACCUAGACUCCCUUGCGGAGGAGUCCCGGCUAGCCGUACAGACUCUAAGCCUAAACCUAGACCUGGAUGAUCAGUGUGAUCUCGCUCCAGCUCCAAAUUCAGAUCCAGAGGCGCAGGACGGGCACGAAGAGUCGAACAUGUCCACGCCGACGGCGACGGCGUUAGCAAGCUGGGACGGGCUGAACUGGGAGGGCCGGAAUGAGCACCCCUCAGCAGGGUUCUAUUACUAUUCAACUGGGUCUGGACCGAAGACUGGAACCGAGCAAGCGCAUACGCCUACGCCUGCAUCUCAGCAACCGCUGGCAGCUGGAGGGGCAAGUGAUAUUGCUGCUCACAAAGGCGACGGCGACGGGAAACCGGCGUGGAAUGGAGCUCGAGACCAGCUGCAAGCCAUGACGGACGUAGUGCCAUAUACGCCUAUCCCUGUCAAGAUACCGAUUCACGGCUCAACUUGCGCUCUUGCGGGGAGUGAAAGCAAUCGGCGAGGGGAGUCAAUGGAUGCUUCCUCUCCGCAUGCGCCGCGCAAGAGGUAUGAGAUGCCGCGAGCCAUCCUCGUAAGGCGGAUUACGCAGCGGAGGAAUGGUAAGAAAAGGCAGGAGAUGGUGUCGAUCGGGAAGUCGCCGCUGGCGCGGGGAGAACACCAUCGCAAGAGGGACAAGAGAGAGGAGUGA